AUGGAUCUAUCACCAGAUUUAACUGCUGAGGUUACACGUCUUAGACAUGAAGUGAAUGCUAAGGAAGAGGCACUCAAUGCGUUGAAAACCAAGACUAAGGCGUUUGUUGACAACAUGCGUAGUCAACUUGCAAAUGAGACACAGAAAGCUAUCGCGUUGGAAGCGAAGCUGAAAGAAGCCACUGCAGCUUCAAAUGCAUCAAGUUUAGGAUCCGAACAGCAACGUUGGACAGAAGAGAUUGAAAGAUUGAAAAAGGAGACAAAUUUACGUGAGAAUGACUUGAAAUCUCGUGCAAAGUCAUAUGCAGACGCUAUGACGUCACAAUUAGAAAGCGAAAAGAAACGAUGUCGUGAACUGGAGACUUUGCUGCAGCAAAAGACGGAAGCUCUUGAUGCUGCUAAAACUAUUGCGACUCCAACUAAUGAGCUUGAUUUUUUUUCACAACCAGUAAUUGCUACUGGGUCACACACGGAUGAUGAGUUUCAUGCCGUGCAGUCACAAUUAAGUUCAGCUAAUUUUGAAAUGGCUGACUUGCGUGAACAGCUUCGAAAUGUUGAAGCGGGUGCUUUGCAAUCAACACGACAAGCGGAGAAUGCUAGUCAUGAACUAGAGACGCUACGUGGGGCCUCAGAACAGCAGUGUCGUGAGCUACAAUCUGAAGUGAACUCUCUGAGAGCUCGUGAAAGUUCAUUACAAGCACAACUCCAAGCUACGGAGAGUAGAGUUAAUAUGGACAAGAUAUGUGAAUUGGAACUUAAGAUUCAACAGCACAAAACCGAGAAUCAUAGUCUUCAGAAUCAGCUAAUCGACAAAGAUUUUCAACUAGAGCAGUUGGAUAACUACCGACGACGGGCAGAUGAUAGUGAGACUAAGGUGCUUCAACAUCAGGCGGAAAUUAACGUGCUACAAACCAAGCUAUCGUCGUACUCGUGCAAUAAAUGUAAUGUACUUGAAGAGAAGUUAGCAGAGAUUACCCAGCUUUAUGAAAAAGUUAAUCUUGGUCGAAGUCGCAGUGAUAGUUUAAUCGCCGAGACGCAGUCGCAAUUAGGAGAACUUCAGACUAUAAAGCAGCAAUAUGUGGCGUCUCAGGAUCGAGUGGAUGAUUUAAUGAAGCAGAAUCUCAAGCUGAAUGAAAAAGUCACGGAAAAGGAAAUUCAAGUAGCGAAUCUCAAGGCUGAAUUGCAGAAAUCGAGCACGGAGUUGGCGGAUCUGAAGUCGCAGCACAAUGCGCUCAUGUCUGACAGUACGCAGCACCGUCAACUCUCCGAGUCGAUUCACGUUGAUUUGCAGAAGGUUGAGGAGACUCGAAACGAAUUGCAAGCUAAAUGCAUCAAUCUGGACAAGAAAAACAAGGAGCUUACGACAGCAAUAGAAAGUAUUAAUAAGGAAAAUACUGAUAAACGUCAGAAAGCGAAAGCUCUUGUACAGACAUUGGUGGGAGAGAAAACGAGCUUGCUUGAGGCUAGAAGCCACUUACAGAAAGAAGUUGAUCGACUGCGAAUGGAAGUGAAUCAGCGUAAUGUUGACAACGAUCAACAACUCAAGACACUUCGAGAUGAGACCAAUGAAAAAGCAGCUGAGAAUCUAAUCACCAUUCAGAGCUUGACGGAUGAAGUUGCUAAGUUGAAACGCACUCUUACAACUGUUCAGGAAUCCGAGAAGGUUCAACAACGGGCGAAAGAACUUGCAGCAGCGAAGCGGGAGAUCGAAGACUCAAAUAAGAAGCGACUUGCCGCAAAGGCAGAGACGCAAAAACUUGCUGUGGAGCUGGAGAAUAUGCACAGGUGCCUCGAUCACAUCACGACGCAUGUCAAUGCAGUUUGCACAGAUAAUUUUCAGCAGAUUGCUCUUGUUCAAGGGCAUGUAAAGGAAGCUCUUGAGGUGUUGAAGAGCCGAGCUGGAUCUGGGGCUCAGAACAAGAAAGUGCCCGAAGAAGACCCAACUAUCAAAGUUGAGGCACUAUCUGAUAUCCGAUGUGGAAAUACACAACAAAAUCCAGGAGCGAAGCGACUGGAAGAAAAUGUAUCGCGCGUCAGUGAGCAGAUUCGACAGCUAGUGGACAUCACUGAGCAAUUUGUUUCUCCGAGAAACUUCACACAGUUUGCUCUAAAGCCGACGAAGCCGUGA